AGUUCCUAUAUGCCCGCUCGCAAGCUCUCACCUGGAUUUGAGUAAACACAGACCAGGAUGGCUCCAGAGCACACUCACCAAACGUUCACCACUUAUGGGUGGGCUGUAUGCGUAUGGGUUCUUGUAGUUUCGUUUCAGUACGGGUACCACAUCUCAGCUUUGAAUCAGAUUCAAGCAGUCUUGACUUGUCAGAAUGUGAAUGAUACGAGUCCUCUGUAUCAUGGGCUUCCGGUAUGCGUGCCAAUGUCUGACACUACGUUCUCUGUCGUCACUUCAAUCUUUACCAUUGGAGGACUCGUCGGCAGCUUGUCUGCCAACAUUGCAACAAACCGUCUAGGCCGCAAAGGGGCUUGCCAGGUUAGCGCUUUAUCAACGUCCUUCGGCGCUGCCUUGUCAGGAGUAGCAGCCUCAGUUUCUUCUCUUGCAUUUGGCAGGUUCUUUGUUGGACUGGGUGCGGGGCUAGGGCUGUGCAUAGGGCCUAUUUAUUUAGCUGAGAUAGCUCCAUCGAAGAUAAAAGGCAAUCUAGGCAAGCGGAACUACGCCAACGCGAGGGUUUUGACGCAGCUAGCCAUCGUUGUUGGCAUUAUGGUAACUCAAAGUGUGGGCGUCGCGUGGGCAACCCCUAGACAGUGGCGACUAGUGCUCCUGCUUUCUAGUGCAAUCUCCUUGACGCAGCUUGUAACGAGCCCGUUCAUCAUUGAAUCCCCGGUCUACCUACUCCAGACUGGCAAGCUGGAUCGACAGAAAGUGGCCAUGAAUAAAAUAUGGAGCGGGAAAACUCCUUUACGUCCUGAUCCGGAAGAAAGUGCCAGUGAAGAACCAUUACUUGGGGAUGAGGAUAGAUCCCAACCUCGCGAGGACGUCUUCUCCGUAUCUCGCCUCUUGUUCUCACACGAGUAUCGUAAACCGAUGCUUAUCAUCAUUUCGGCUAUGCUCUGCCAGCAACUUUCAGGAAUCAACGCAGUCUUAUAUUACAGCAACAGCAUUCUAGCGAAGGCGCUCCCAGACCUGGCCGCUUUUGUGUCUUUGGGCAUAACUGUGGUCAACUUCUUGAUGACCUUUCCUCCCAUCUUUCUUAUCAAUCGUUUUGGGCGGAAGAAGCUCAUGCAGCUUUCGAUCUUUUGCGCCAUUGUCUCGCAUGUUCUUGUUGGUUAUGGGCUUGACGGUGCACGGAACACGCUAGCUAGCGUCGCAAUCAUUACCUUCGUGAUGUCUUUCGCCGUCGGUCUUGGCCCAAUACCGUUCGUGAUGAUUCCGGAGGUUUCCCCUUCUCAUGUCUCCUCCGCGAUCUCCUCUGUUGCGCUGUCUUUGAACUGGGUUUCAAACUUCAUCAUCGGACUUGUGUUCCUACCGCUUCGUAAUUCGCUCUCUUCCGGUGAUCCGUUGAAGGAAGGAAGGGUGUUCUACAUAUUUGCGGCGGUUCUAUGUGUCUGCGCCAUCGUAUUUUCGCGUCUUUAUAGGGGCUAAUUGUAGAUGGGGAUAUUUACGUAAUACAUAUCUGUCGCGAAACACGAUCUC